GUCUCCACUGCUAUGGUUACAAACUAGCAGUUGAGCCAGCGCAAUAAUUUAGAGCCUGUCAUCUGUAUUCACCCAGACCAUGGUAUAAGACAGGAUAUCCGCCCUUUAUAUUGACAACCUUUUUAUUUGUCUGCACAUCCUCCCUUUACAUAAAAGUAGGCUGUCGCCAUGACCUUUUGUUGAUGGUGGCAGGGCUGUCACUCAUGUAGAUCUGUUAUGUUCCUAUCAAUAUGAUAGGAUGGACUCCACCCAGAGAGGACAGCAGGCAGAGAGAGAGAGAGAGCAGAAAGAGGAAGACAGAAGAAGGCCUAUUUCACAAACAACCCAUGGGCCUUCCUCCAUAUGCCCAGCAGAUGGCAGGAGAGCACCAAGUUUUAAAUGAAAUGCAUACAGACCUCCACAGUCACCAGAUCUCAAGCACCUUUGGGAUGUGGUGGAACGGGAGAUUCACAUCAUGGAUGUUGCAGCUGACAAAUCUGCAGCACCUGUGUGAUGCUAUCAUGUCAAUAUGGACCAAAAUUCCUGAGGAAUGUUUCCAGCACCUUGUUGAAUCGAUGCUACCAAGAAUUAAGGCAGUUCUGAAGGCAAAAGGGGCCCCACUUGGUACUAUUAAUCAGAUCUGAGGAGUUCUCCAGCUGCCUCUCAUGUAUCUCUCAAUCUGCAGCACUAGAUGGCACCUCUCUUCCAUCAGUGGUCUUCAUCGUUCAUUCCUGACUGACAGAAAAGAGACUGUUAACACAUGAGGAGUGGAUUUUAUUUCAGAGAGGAGAGGAGAGAGGAGUACAGGAACCUCUGGCCCAACAGAUCCCGACUCAGUACCUCUUGUGCGGCCCCAACAUGGAGGACACCCCAGACCAAACAGCCGAUCUGUUCUCUGAUCAGAAUCAAAGCUUCGAGCUCAACAUGACGGCCGCUAACACCAGCUCAGUUUUUGUGGAUGUCAUGUCGCCAGAGAUGAACAAAGCCAUCAACAUCCUUAUGAUAAUCUGUAUGUUGAUCACCAUGGUUUCAAUGGGAUGCACCAUGGAGGUUUCCAAGAUCAAGCAUCACAUAGUGAAACCAAAGGGGGUGGCCAUAGCACUGUUGGCUCAGUAUGGAGUCAUGCCUCUGACAGCUUUCUGCCUGGCUAAGGUGUUCCAGCUGGCUGAUAUGUUGGCUGUGGUGGUUCUGAUCUGUGGCUGCUGUCCUGGAGGAAGCCUCUCCAACCUCCUGUCCCUUGCUCUAAAGGGAGACAUGAACCUCAGCCUCGUGAUGACGUCCUGCUCUACGCUGCUGGCCCUGGGCAUGAUGCCUCUGCUGCUCUACCUCUACUGUCAGGGCUUCGACCUGCAUAACGCAGUGCCCUACGUUGACAUCAUCAUAUCGCUGGCUCUGAUCCUCAUACCCUGCGGUGCCGGCAUCCUCAUCAACCACUACAGGCCGCAGUUAGCCAAGACUGUCACAAAGGCAGGCCUCAUUUUCCUGGGUAUCUUUAUGGUGGUGAUCGCCGCCGUCGCUAGCUUUGCCAUCGGAGACACUCUUCUCACAGUGCUGUCUCCUCCCCUCAUGGCCAUCGCUGCUCUCAUGCCCUUCACAGGCUACGUCUUCGGAUACGUCAUCUCCUCGCUCUUCAGACUCAGCCAACCGGAGCGGAGGACUGUUGCUAUGGAAACAGGCUGUCAGAACAGCCAGCUGUGCUUCACUAUCCUGAAACUGGCCUUUCCCCCGGAGCUGACUGGCCCUCUGUUCCUGUUCCCUAUGGUGUAUGUGAUAUUCCAGCUGAUGGAGGCGGUGCUGCUCAUUACGUUGUUCUGGGGUCACCACAGGUUCGCACGCAAACAGAAAGAGAAAGUGACAUACCAGCCUGCAACCACUGAAGAGAAGUCAAAAGAGGCCUCUGAGGGCACGGUAUGAUGAUGGAGCUUUAUUGUUUCUAAUAAUGUGAACUCUUGCUGACCGGAGCCUCCAGCUUGAUGGAGACUGAAGGAAACCUGCACUUCUUUUUUAACACAUGAUGUAUAACUGCAGAGAAGCCAUUUUGUGCCAAAUCAUUU